AACAUUCACACAAUCAAACAACAAACACACCUGCUCAUCAGUUCAUAUUUUACAAAGAAAAACAGAGAACUUUUUCUUUCGAAGCUCUAACUGCAGCAAAAGAAAUUAAGAUGGCCGACAAGACCCAACUGGAUUAUCCUGCAGCACCAGCAAAUCAUGGUUACCAAAGAAGUGAUGCUGAGUCUUUGCUAUCAGCUGACGAGCUCAAACGCAAGAAGAGGAUCAAAUUGGCCAUGUAUGUUGCUAUUUUCAUUGUGUUUCAGAUCAUUGUCAUAACCGUGAUUAGCCUUACUGUGAUGAAAGUUAAGACACCGAAGGUCCGGCUAGGGAACAUCAACGUACAAGAACUCAACUCCAUCCCAGCAACACCUUCAUUCAACACAAAAUUCACAACCCAAAUUAGUGUCAAGAACACAAAUUGGGGUCCUUACAAGUUUGAUGCUAGCAAUGUUACGUUUUUGUACCAAGGAGCCACUGUCGGGCAAGUUUCUAUUCCAAAGAGCAAGGCUGGAAUGCUUUCCACCAAAAAGAUCACUGUCGAAGUGAGCUUGAGUUCAAGUGCAUUAGGCAGUUCCAAUCUUGGGAGUGAACUGACCAGUGGCGUAUUGACUCUCAACAGCGCGGCUAAGUUGAAUGGAAAGGUGGAACUGAUGCUUAUAAUGAAGAAGAAGAAGGCCUCCACCAUGGACUGUACCAUUGCAUUUGAUCUGUCAUCAAAGACCCUCAAAAGUUUACAGUGCAAGUAGAUAGGGAUCCUGCAGGCUACAUAAUUCGCAUAGCAUUUGUAUUGCGACUAGCUCUUGCUUUGUUGUAUUUAUUCUUUUAUUCGUUUCCUCUGUGUGGCACUUUGAUUUGUUAUCCAUUAGUGAUACCACCCACUUUUUCUUGUCCAUAUUUUCAUCUGGCUUAGUUAUCUGUUUACCAGAAACUUAAAAGCACUUACCUGGGAUUUUUCAUGCAUCA